ACGACCUACAUCGCACGAGCAGGCCAGCCACAAUAGCAUGACGACCACUGAUGAUUUUAUCCUUGCCAAUGUCGCGAGUUUCUCAAAUUAAAAAAAAUGCAAUUCGAUCAUGAUAGUCACCAUGGCGGCAAACAAGGCUGUCACCGUGCUCGCGCCGAACGGUCGUCGGCAGAAUGUAAAGGUUACGAUCAACACGACGAUUUUGCAGGUUUUGGAGGAGGUAUGUCAAAAGCAGGGCUACAGCGUCGACGAUUAUGACAUAAAACAUAAUCGUCAGAUAUUAGAUCCUAACACAAUAUUCCGGUUUACCGGUUUACCAAAUAACGCUCAGCUGGAGAUGGUGGCGUGCAAGAAGGCGCGUUCCGUGUCGAAUGUUACGAUCGGUAUUCAGCCGGAGAACGGGGAGAGAGUAAUGCGCGAAUGUUCGCCUAGUACGACGCUAGCCCAAGCAUUAACGGAGAUAUAUCCCGAUUCAGAUCUCGAGAGAGCUGUAUUAAUCUACAUGCAUCGUGAAGUGUGCGGGAGAGAAGCGCUGGAAAAAACGACGUUAAAAUCAUUAGGCCUAAAUAGCGGAAAGGCGAUAUUACGAUUAAUAUAUCGUGAUCCUGAGCAACUGAAGACUCAGGCGCACGUGUCUACUCCGUUGCUCCCAAAACCAGUCGCGGCAGUGAACGAUUCAUCAAACAUCGACAAGAAUUGCCAAAGAGUCAGCCCGUCAGUCACCACGCCGCAUUGCAGUAAGACAAUCGGCGACGUCAGAUUACCGGAAACGAAUGCCUCAACUACGGGGAAUCAGGAAAAGUCGAAGCAAACUGAGGUAAAGCGGGACGCGGAAAAUGAGAAAGCAGAUGCGUUCGCAGGCAGAAGUCAAGGGGAGAAGAUUAGGAAUGCGAUAGAAAAGGGCCAUUCUGUUGCGUCCAGCCAUCACGAGGAUCACGACAGUCAGAAAGACGGGGAUAUCACAGAAACGUGUACGGCGAUUCGGGAAGACGCGUAUGAAAUUAAGUUUCUGGGGGAGAGGAACGCUCUGAUAUUCAAUCAGGCUGGGACCCGGGCGCUACCGAGGGACGAAUUGCCAGACAGCUUCUUCGAUCUCGACUUGCACGACGCGAGGACGCUCAUGCGGGACGCGAAGCGUCGUAGGGAGCGGCUCGAGGACGCUCCGCUCCUAACGGAGGCGCAACGUCAAUUGGAUCAGGAUAAACAUAUUUUGGAACAAUUGAGCAAGUACCGGCGCACCGUAAUUCGCGUGCAGUUUCCAGAUCAGUUUGUACUCCAAGGCCUGUUCGGGCCACUGGAAACCGUUCAAACCGUUAAGAACUUCAUCAAGAAUUACUUGGACAAUCCGGACUGCGAAUUCACCGUCUAUACCGCUCCGCCGAAGCAUAUCUUAAAUCCUGAUGUGCGACUGAUAGAUGAAAAUCUUGUUCCCUCUGCUAUUAUUUAUUAUUCUGGAGAAUCAUCGCUCAAGCCGAGUGUAAAAGAGAAGUUAACCGAUCCGAGAGCUGCUGGCAUCGAAGCUGUGAGAUCUAGAGCUGCUACGGUUCGAAAAGAACAAGAUUCAGUGACUACUAGUAACGAUAGGGACGUAGUCGGAAAUCAAAACGAUCGCGUUACUCCGGGACCAAGUGGUAGUGGUAAAUCCUCAUCAUCGUCAUCGGCUCAGAAUCAAAACAAAGCACCGAAAUGGUUCAAACAGACAUUUAAAUAAUCAAUUAAUUAUUUUCCCUCACGCCGGUAUCGUCGAGAGACGCGCUUUCUCAGAUUGUAAUAUAAAUAAUAUUCUAUACGGAAUUUUUAUGCGAACUCACAUGUGCGCAAAUUACGCGGGCACAUUUUCAACAAGAAGUCGUCUAAAAUAUAUAUAAAAUCUGUACACAACAAACGUCCAACGUGUCUAUCAUUAUUCCAAUUGAGAUGUACAAAGCUUUACACGUAAGAGUCCCCCGGGAAAGAUGCUUACUAAAAUUAGUUAUAAAAGUGAAAAUAAAAUGCUACAUAUAUAU